CGCCCACUCGCCUCAGAAGCGCCUAGCUCAAGGCUCCCUAGAAUAUGCCUACUAGUCCCCAGGUUUGUUUGUUUGUUUUUCUCCUUGAAAUGAGAAUCUCGUCAUGGGGCGUCCUUCAUUAUUCCCUUCUUGGAAAUUCCGCGUGAUCUUCUAGCCCUGAAAUCCCUCCCACGGAUGCAGGCGUCUAAAAGGCAGCCCCGCGGUCUUGACGUAAACUUGAGCGCCGACGCAGGAAGGACCCCUUCCUCCCCCUUGCAUCCGCUUUCGUCACUACCGGUCUGCGCUGAGCCUGCCUCCGGGAGGAGCCGCGUGCCCUGCUGCAUGCUGCAUGGAGCUGGUAGCUGGAUGCUACGAGCAGGUACUUUUUGGGUUCGCUGUACACUUGGAGCCCAAGGCGAGCGGCGACCAGGAGCAGAAAUGGACUCCUGUGGCCGACUUCACUCACCACGCCCACACUGCCUCCUUGUCAGCAGUGGCUGUCAGUAGCCGUUUUGUAGUCACUGGGAGCAAAGAUGAAACCAUUCACAUUUAUGACAUGAAAAAGAAGAUAGACCAUGGGGCUCUAGUGCAUCACAAUGGCACAAUAACUUGCCUGAAAUUCCACGGCAACAGGCACUUAAUCAGCGGGGCAGAGGACGGCCUCAUUUGUGUCUGGGAUGCAAAGAAAUGGGAGUGCCUGAAGUCGAUUAAAGCUCACAAAGGACAUGUGACCUUCCUUUCCAUUCACCCGUCUGGCAAGUUGGCCCUGUCUGUGGGUACAGAUAAGACAUUAAGAACGUGGAAUCUUGUGGAAGGAAGAUCGGCAUUCAUAAAAAACAUAAAACAAAAUGCUCACAUAGUGGAAUGGUCCCCAAGAGGAGAGAAAUACGUAGUUGUCAUUCUGAACAAAAUAGAUGUCUAUCAGCUUGACACUGCAUCCGUCAGUGGCACCAUCACAAAUGAAAAGAGAGUAUCUUCUGUUACGUUUCUUUCAGAAUCUGUCCUUGCAGUGGCUGGAGAUGAAGAGGUUGUAAGAUUUUUUGACUGUGAUUCACUAAUGUGCCUCUCUGAAUUCAAAGCUCAUGAAAACAGGGUAAAAGACAUGUUCAGUUUUGAAACUCCAGAGCAUCAUAUUAUUGUUACAGCAUCGAGUGAUGGUUUCAUCAAAAUGUGGAAGCUCGAAGAGGACAAGGGGGUUUCCCCGUCUUUGCUGUGUGAAGUAAACACUAACGCCAGGCUGACAUGUCUUGGAGUGUGGCUGGACAGAGUGACAGACACGAAAGGAAGCCUGCUUCCAGCUGUAGAACCAUCUCCUGUAAGUAAACAAGAACAGUCCAAAAGGAAAAAAAAGGAAUCUGGCCGGGAAGUCCAGGAGGAAGAAAGGCAGCUAAAACCUGACACGAAGAAAUGCGGUUUAACUGGUGACAGUGAUAAGCCAACAAAAGGAAGCAGCCUGGUGUCAACCAAGAAGAGGAAAACAGUAGAAAUGUUAGAAAAAAAGAAGAGCAAAAGGAAGAAAAUAUGAAUGAUGCGUGAACCCCAGAUUGCUCCUAAGAGAAAAACUUUCAAAUGUACUUUCUUUUUUUCUGAGUAAAAGCUAGGAAUUUCUUCUUUUGAAGAAAAUGUACAACUUAAAAAUCACUUUCAGGAUUUUGUUUUUUUAAACAGUGGUAAAACUUUUUGAUAGGCAAUAUUUUAUUAAUUAUAUAUCAUGGCAAUAUAUAGUAUGUUAAUGUGUAAUAUAUAAUUUUUACUGUUGUGUAAGGCAAAUAAAGAUCUUUCUCAAAAUAUUAUAGCUUAAAAUAAUACAAAA